CUGGACCGUCGGAGGUUUUUGUCUUCCGAGAACCGCCCGCCAAUCGUCCGCAACCGACCUCCCGAACUCUCAGCCACAGCGACGCGUGUGUGGUCUUCUCUCGCAACAUGCCCUCAAAAGGCGAAGUGUGGCAUCGCUUUUGGCCUGCAAAAAGGACCUUGCCCAAUUGCUGUCAUUAUAGUGGUUUGGACUUACGGUGGGCUCUCGUCAGGCGAGUUUCUCCUUCGGAAUCAUUCCGUUUCAUCCGGAGCGGUCUCACAGUACCCCCCUGCUCAUCACCAUCUUCCACGCUUGCCAAUAUGGUUAGCAGAGGUGGACGUUCGAAAGGCUGCUCAAAUUGCCGUCGGCGGCGUGUAAAGUGCGACGAGAGCCGCCCCAUAUGUAACCGCUGCAAAAAGCGAGGAUUAGAAUGCGGCGGCCCCAAAGAUCCCACUUGGAUCAGUCAGAACAACACGUUUCCUCCUUCUCCUCCGGAGGCGGACGUGUUGGCACUAUCCGGAAUCAUGCCCAGCAACCUCUCUUUUGUUGCGUUUGAAGAUGAUAUCUGCGUGGCAUAUACGAAGAAAAAUCUUCUACGAGGCGGCUCCGUAGAGCUGGCUUGUGAAAUGAUCGAGUGGAAACCUGGAGCUGGAGAUCUCACAACGGAGCCUGGCCUUGACCUUCUCAGGAAAGCUGUCCUCAGUCUCUCUGUUACCUUUUUCGGAAGUCAGCAUCGUCAGAAGAAGAUUACACGUCGAGGAUACCAGCAGUACGGCGAAGUCCUGAGGCAACUAAACUCGCACCUAAGUCAGCCUCAUCUUCAGACGACUGAUGAAACGAUUCUCACUGUUCUGACUUGCAUGCUUCUUGAGAUAUUUCUGCCAACCGGUCCGAACAAUUUCCUCAAGCAUGUGCGAGGCAUCGAAGCGAUUCUAGACUUGAGGGGUCCUCCCGUAUCCGCGACAGAGACGACGUCCACUAUCUUUCAUGGACUUCGAGUACUCUCAAUUAUCGGUGGACUGGCCCAGUCGAGACCUUCGAUCUAUGCUCGGGAAGAAUGGAAAUCAAUUCCACCUCUGUUUACCGGUGAAGCCACCCUGAUCAGACACGAGAUAUUCCAGAUUUUGGCCGACUGCACGCUACUAAUGAGCGCACGCGAAAAGGUCGCUGUAGAUUCCGGGAGCCCAGAGGCCUACCAGGCGCUGUUGGCUAAUGCCCACAUCGCUCUCGAGAAGUUGAAGGCCCUAUUUCCACGCUGGGAAAGGUACAAUGAGAGAAAGAUGGAUGAAACCACUUCGGGGAUAGGGAAGGAACUUCGGAUUGCAAAUCACGCGUCUGCAACGACAUACAUGCUCUACAACGCGGCGUACAUGUGUAUUCUCAGGAUUAUCCAUUCUCUCGACCCUUCACCGAAGCACGCGUCCUUGCGAAACUCCGCCGCCAUCAAAAUCGUCAGAUGCCUCGAGCUCAGGCAAUUUAAGAAGCGGGAAGGCGGCGCAGAGUCAAACACGAUCGGCUUCGUGGCAACAAAAGUCGCGUGGGAGGCUCUCGGCGGGUUCAGCUCCCCGGAAGGAAGAAGGCUUGCCCGUGUUGUAAAAAGCGCGGCCAACGGGAUCUUCGCGAUUGGCGCAUGGGAGAACUGGGAUCAGGAUAGACCAAGGCUGUCGCCCGUUGUAGGUCUCGGCAUCGCAGACCAGAUGAUGUGGAAUGCGUGGAACCAACCUAUAUGGGCUGAGCACCAGCCGGCUGGAGUCCAGAUGGGACCUCAUCUUUUGGUGCAGCGCGACAUUAUCAACCUCGGAGAGAAGCAGACGACGCAACAAGCACCGCCGUAUAUCCAUUUUGAAGGAGCGGUACCGCACCGACACAGAAAAGCGGACUCCUUCCUUAGCAUCCAAGAUCAGCUGCAAUCGUCAGAGAUCAUAGACCAGUUGAAGAGUGUCGUCGGAUCGGCAUAGCCAUUCACAAUAUUUGGAAUUCUAGGCGGCGUUUGGUGACCGUCAUCAUUCCGAUUUGCUUCUUCACACCAAGGCAAACAGAAGGCCACGCUGGAGACCUUUGGUUCAACUCGUGCUCGGAAAAAGCUAGUACAGUACGCUCUUAUAC